AUGCCUCAGCGUCCUGCUUUGACCCCCGUCCUUCGCAAAUUCAAAAAUGCCCUCGCCGAGCAGAAACAUCUUUAUGCGUGCGGCGGCCGCAUCCCCAUCGCAACACCACCCACUGGCGAUGGUGUAAGCGAGGCAUCGGCAUCAGCAUCAGCAUCGGCGUCCGCAUCCGCACUUCCGCCAAAGCAGUCCGAGCCAGUCACUAUUCGAUGGGAUGCGGGUACUCUUUUGUCCGACAAUCAGGUUGUAUGCCGGCGAGUUACACUCCCUGCCACCCAGGAAUGCGAUCGCGAUGCCCUCAACACCCUCAUCCAGGGCUGCAAGCCGGCGACUUUUGGUCUGGGCAGCCAGGACGUUCUCGAUGAGACGUACCGCAAGGCUCUCAAGAUGGACAUCAGUGCAUUCUGUACCACCUUGGACCCUUAUUCCCUUGGAAUCAUUAAUACGGUGACGCAGAUGCUGCUUCCAAGCUUCGAGGACGCGGAAACGUACCGCGCAGUGGAUGCGAGGCUGUACAAGCUCAAUAUUUACUCUGGUCCCUCGGGCAUGUUCAAGGCCCACGUUGACACCCCUCGCUCGCCAAUCCAAUUCGGAUCCCUCGUCGUCUGCCUCCCAGUCGAGCACCAAGGCGGACAGCUCAAGGUCCGCCACAAGGGCGAGGAGACCAUCUUCGACUGGAGCACGUCUUCCGACAAUGGCGAGACCCCGCACAUUGAGUGGGCGGCUUUUUACAGCGACUGCGAGCACGAGGUGAUGGAGGUUUCCAGCGGACACCGGCUGACGCUGACGUACAACCUCUUCGCGGUACACGGGGCCGGGCGCUUAACCGGCUUAUCAUCAGUGCUAGACCCGACGAGACUGCCGCUGCACCACGCCAUUGAGAAAUUGAUCGCGGACGACCCGCUUUCUGGAAAAGGUGGUACGCUAGGCUUUUGGUGCUCCCAUGCCUACGCUUACAACGACGCGCGAGAAGCGCCUCUCCCAGCGACACUCAAAGGAGUCGACGCUGCCGUGUGGGAAAGUUUCCGAGCCCUUGGAAUCAAUGUCAACAUUCGACCCAUCAUACAAGUCGAAGACGAGGUGCGAGAGCUCAUCGCCGAGGCGUACGGGGGGAGCUCGGACAGUGACUCGGACAACCCUCGGUACUUGCCCUCGAAGUGGGUUAUCGGCAAAGAUUUCGGCGUCGAAAAUAACCGUGGAUAUCAGGUAGAGGGCGGAGAGGAGUAUGACCAACUAUUCAAAGGUUGGGGCUCCUUCAGCGGCCCGAUUUAUUGGCUGACGGAGCCGCAACAUAGCGAGCUCCAGCUCAUCUACACGGCGUAUGGCAACGAGGGUUCCGCGGAAACUCUCUACUCGCACUGCGCCAUGCUUGUUACCCUGCCCAAGAACAACAAGUCCAAGGCUGGUAAAUCGACCAGCAGGGCUGGUAAAUCCAGCAAGGCCAAGAAAUCCAAGAAAUAG